AUGACUUUUGCAAAACCAAACUUAGCGCUCCUCGAAAAGAAACACACGGUUAGCAACUACAAUUCUUUACAAGCAGUAGAAAGUGUGAGCGAAAGGAGUGUGCACGAAGCUUCUGGCAACUGGCAAGUGCAUUUCGUAUGUCUAUUACCCCCAAAGCUAUGUGCUGGCAUCAGUGUGGUGAGUAACCGAUACAAACAUAGCCACUGGGAACACCAUGGGAUGGAUCAAGCAAAGGACAUCGGGUAUAUUUGCAGAACUCUGCUGUUGCAGGUUGAUUGGGGUAGGGGCUGGAGUCGCCCUGUGGCUCAACUCUCAUCAUUCUGCAGAAGCAGCCAGUUUACUCACAACAGACCAAGAGGUUUCUUCCUUUGGGGCUUAUCACGAUGGUCUACCAGAAUACACACUCGACAGGUGUCCAAACAUGCAACUAUGAAGGACAGGGUGUGGGUGGCAUAUCGACAUGGGGUUUAUGACAUUACGGAUUUUAUCCAAGAACAUCCAGGUGGAGACAAAAUCCUGAUGGGUGCAGGAGGUUCUGUUGAACCUUUCUGGGCCUGUAUGCCGUUCAUAGAACCCGCAUGUGCUAGAGUUGUUCGAGAAGACUUCACUGUCCAGGAUUAA